AUGUGUUCGAUACAAAAUCUUUCUGCGUCGUUCGUCGGCGUCCCGCGGUCGUCACCGCGCGGUCGUCGCCCACGCGACGCUUCGCAGUCGCGCCGCCGGUUUGGGUCGCGGCGAAAGUGUUUGAGCGAGGAUGGGAAAAUGUUCGUCCCGGCCGGCGCGUUCGGCGGACGCUCGCCCGAACGUAGGGCGAGCGAGAUGCUGAACGCGAUGAUCACCUACGUGAGCGCGUGGAUCGUGAUCGGGCAGCUUGAGAAUGUGGCGCCGAGACGUUCGCUCGCGGGCGAGGACGCGAACGAGCGCAACGAGUCCAACGACGAGGCCCAGCGCGUGACGACCUCGCACGACUUCUUAUUGGAUUACUUGGAAUCGAAUCCAGUGCGUGAUGGGGAUUCAUGGCUCACUGAGCUCACGAAGGUGAACCCGACCCUCGGGGAACGCAUUGGCACGGUGAGAGUCGCCUACGCCUCGGACGACUUUGAGUGGAAAAACGUCGAGAAACUCUGCGUCAAGAGCAUGGUCGUAGGAAACGAGACCGCGAUGCGGGAGUGGAUCAAGGGUGCGACGACUGCGGUGACCGAUGCGUCCACCUGA